AUGGCGCACUCUGAUGACAAACAUGACACUAGCGACUCUGACAAUCCCAGCGAUUUCAUCACCACUGAUACAAGCUGUCAGACAGCAUCAGAACACACUCUUCAGAAACAAGGUAAUCUCCCUAGACCUGCCCAGAUCAACUGGACCAAUUCUCAUACAGAUAUACUGGUCGAGUGGCUGGAAAAGCACCCUAAAUACAGAUAUGUUCUUUUUUCAGAUUCUACUGCCAUUGCAAAAAAAGAAAACUGGGAAGUGUUGAACUACCAAGUACAUGAAAGCUUCAUUGCAUCGAAGGAUAGCAAGGCAUGUUUUUAA